CAGAACAACAACAUUGGUGUGAAGGAGUUUGUUUCGAAGCACGGCUAUUCUGCAGUAUCUUCUGAGUUCCAAGGCUAGUUUCCCGUCUCCAAAAUUGGUAACAUAAAUCAAAGUCAGAGAGGGGACUCCACAGGGAGCUCUUCAAAUAGAGAAGGAGACAACGAGCUCUCCGCUGAUGUCAUAGCUCACCUUCUUCGAAGAGGAGUGAUUCGACUCAACACUCCAACUAUUCUUUUUGGGGACGAAGAUUCGGGGGAUGACGGUCCGAUGAACGCGUUCGACAGUGAAGACGAUGGAGAUUAUAGUCCGGCGACAGACCCGGGUCAUCGCCGAAUGAUCAGAAGGAGAAAAAAUGAACCUCUACCCUCACCAGCAGAUACAUCUGUAAUUGAGAGUAGUCCCAUCUCUUUGGAUCUGCUUUCUGCUGGUGGUCCAAAGCGACUUAAGCUUGAAAACGGAGAGUAUGCUUUUCAACCUGUGAACGUGGCUCAGUUGUUACGUCAGAAAGAGACAACAAAUUCACGAUGUUGCGGAGGCCUAUCGAAGAGUGAUUGCUGCACGGCUAUGUCAAAUUAUUUGCCGAAUACGAAGAAAACAAUCGAGAGCUUUCCGUCUCGUUUAUUUGGAGGUUUCUUCUCAGACGAUGGCAGUGUCUUUAUGUCGUCAUGCCAAGAUCAGCACAUUCGCUUGUUUGACGUUACAAAUGGGCGGUUCAAGUGUUUCAAAGACAUUCUAGCGAAAGACAUCGGCUGGACAAUAGUGGACACGACAUACAGCCCGGAUCAAAACUACUUGGUUUAUUCAAGCUGGAGUGACUGCAUUCAUAUGUGUAACGUACACGGUGACUACGAGACACACAUUCCAUUAGAUCUGAGACCUCCAGGAAGUACGCACUUCUGUGCAUUCUGCGUACGAUUUUCUAAAGAUAAUAAGGAGAUCCUAGCCGGAGGCAACGAUGGCUGUUUGUAUGUUUAUGAUCGAGAAAGAGCUGAAAGAACAUUGAUAAUCCAUGGGCACUCUGAUGAUUGCAAUGCUGUUGCAUUUGCUGAUAAUUCGUCUCAGUUACUAUUUUCGGGUGGCGAUGAUGCUCUGUGUAAGGUUUGGGAUCGUAGAGUGUUGGGAGAGAAAAAUCCUCGUCCUGUGGGCACGUUGGUUGGUCAUGGAGCUGGCGUUACGUUUAUUGAUACAAAAGGUGACGGCCACUAUUUUAUCAGCAACUCGAAAGAUCAGAGUAUCAAGUUGUGGGAUGUCAGAUCGUUUUCCUCUAAAGAUGCUAUUGCGUGUGCAAAGCAAAUGGUGGAUAGACAUUGUUUUGAUUAUCGAUGGGAAGAACCACCAAGAAAAUUCCUGAAAGACUGGAAGCUGGCAGGAGAUACGUCAGUAAUGACGUACAAAGGACACAGAGUGCAACGAUGUCAAAUUCGUUGUCGUUUUUCUCCAGCACAUUCAACAGGGCAGCAAUACAUCUAUAGUGGAUGCUCGGAAGGCCGGUUGUUUGUGUAUGAUGUACUGACCGGCAGAGUAAUAGGUCGUUAUAGCGAACAUGACGAUGCUGUUCGCGAUGUGUCAUGGCACCCUUUCCAGCCAGUCAUCUGUACAUCAUCAUGGGAUGGGAAAAUUGGUUGGUGGGAGUACACUCGUCCACAUGAGAUCGAACCACGAGAAUGUCGUAGACCUGGCCUUCGACCGAAGUCAUCUUUGCGCAUGAAAUAGUGAAGCAUUUUCACGUUUGUAAUGUUAUGGGCCAUUACUUUCACAUUAUGUGCUUUCGCAACUGUAGAUUGGUUAGUAUUGUUAGUGCUAGUGAAUGUUGUACGUGUAUGUACUGUAUAUAUCUUGUGUAACUUCACUGUUAGAUUUAGGGCUUUAUUAGCCUGCUCAUCCUAGUAAUAAAUACUAUUAGUAUUGAUUUGAAACUAUUCUAAAGAAGCU